AUGUCUUCCCAAAAGUCUUUCAUGGACGCUGUCAAGGAGCGUCGCACCUACUACCAGCUCAACAAGGAGUCACCCAUCUCCGACAAGCAGAUCGCCGAGAUCGCUGAGAAGGCUCUCCUCCACGUCCCUUCAUCCUUCAACUCACAGAGCACCCGUCUGGUUGUGCUCCUCAACAAGGACCAUGAAAAGUUCUGGGACUUCGUCCUUGAGGUCUUGAAGCCUCUUACUCCUGAGGACCAGUUCCCCAAGACCGAGCAAAAGAUCAAGGGAUUCGGAGCUGCUAAGGGAACCAUUCUGUGCUACGAGGACCCUGAACCCGUCGAGGGCCUCCGCAAAGCUUUCCCUCUUUACGCCCACCACUUCGGUGACUGGUCUGAACACACCAACGCCAUGCACCAGUACGCUCUUUGGGUAGCUCUAGAGGCUGAGGGUUUCGGUGCCAACCUCCAGCACUACAACCCCAUCAUCGACCAGAAGGCCGCACAGGAGUGGGACAUCCCUCUUGGAUGGAAGCUCAGGGGCCAGUUGGUCUUUGGUGGACGUGCGGGCGAGCCUGGCGAGAAGCAGUUCCAGGAGGUGCAAGGCAAGAGGUUGUUUGUGCACGGAGCGCAGUAG